AUGAGCAGCAGCAGCCCUCUCGUCACUCUCCUUCUUCCACCAAAGGCAAAGAAAGUCGUGAAAGAAGUUGAAAACAUUCAACUGGGUCCCGUAGCAAAAGCCGGAGAGAAUAUAUUUGGUGUUGCUCACAUCUUUGCCAGUUUCAACGAUACAUUCGUGCACGUGACGGAUUUAACUGGUCGUGAAACUCUAGUCCGAGUCACUGGUGGUAUGAAAGUCAAGGCCGAUCGAGAUGAAUCAUCACCAUACGCUGCCAUGUUGGCUGCUCAAGAUGUAGCUCAACGAUGCAAGGAAUUGGGAUUGACUGCUCUGCACAUCAAAUUACGUGCCACUGGCGGUAAUGGAACAAAAACACCAGGUCCUGGUGCUCAAUCAGCUCUACGAGCCUUGGCUCGUUCUGGUAUGAAGAUUGGAAGGAUUGAAGACGUCACACCCGUCCCAACUGAUUCGACCAGACGUAAAGGUGGUCGUAGAGGUCGUCGUCUAUAA